UUGAGCGAAACUGUUGUAAUACAAGUUGUGCGGAAAAGAUUUUUAAUAAUCACAAGGAAUUAUCCUAACUCUGUAGUUUUACCCAAAUUUAUUUCUUAUUUUGAGAUGCGUUUCGAAAAUUUUAUAACGCUGACGGCCAGCUUCGUUUUAUUUGGAAGUGUUUCGGGUGAUUUGUGUUCAAAAGAUCAAAAUGAUGAUUAUAAAUAUGAGACAGAUGUUGCUGGAGAGGUAUGUGAAGAGGGCUAUGCGGCAAGAUUUUGCAACGAAACCGUAUUUGUUUGUGAACCCGUGUGUCCUGCAGGCUGCGAAAAUGGUACGUGCAUCGCGCCGGGUAUUUGCGAUUGUGCGAAAGGCUACGAGUUGCGCAGCAAUGCAGAAAAGACUGAAUGUGUACCGUUAACUCUAAAUAACGAUGUGAGGCUAACAAAAGCCCAUACAUUAACCAAACGGAACGCUAAGGCUAGUGAUGAUUUCAGUAUGUGUUCCUGUAAAUGUUGGAAAUAUGAUUCUGAAGAAUUGUGCAAGGAACUUUGCGAGUCAGAAAGUGAUAAGUGUCUGGAAAAGAAGUUCUCGGUUUGCAAUGAGUCGAAUAGUUUAGUUUAUAAAAAGAACAGUACAAAUUUGAAAUACUACUGUCGUGAUAAUGCGAUUGCUGCUGAAAAGGCCGCUGAAAUGGCCAGAUGGUUCGUUCCUAUCGGCUGCAUUUUUAUUGGAAUCAUGUUGAUCGCCAUCGUGUAUCUGUGUGUGCGCAUUUAUCAAACUCGACAUGAGACAGGUGCACACGACAUUCCCAUAAGCUUACUUAUGAAAUUUUGAGACGACGUUUUGACGGCACGACACGGCGUAUAUUAUUUAUAGCAUAAUGCAGUAUUUAACGAGCUUAAAAUAUAAAUAAAAACCAUUAAAAACAACAA